CCUUUGAUGGAGCUCGCAGCUUCAGUGUUAAAUAACACCCGCUCCCAACAGCUGAGUGGGGGCAGGACUCAUUCCAGAACUAUUAAUAAAGCCCCUAUUUAUACUCCAGGUUCCUGUGAACGGUGCAGCAGAAAGCUACAGCUGCAGAGCUAAAAUGGAAUAAAUGUCAGCCUCCGAGGAAAAGUACCAUCCUGUGGAAAAGGAGACAGCCAAAGGACAGCACAGGGGCAGGUUUCAGACCUGAGGAAGCAGAGAGCGAGUGGCAGCACCCUGAGCUCACAGGCAGUGGGCAGAGCCAGCCAGUCACCUCCCUGCAGCCGCAGGUCUGUGCAGAGAGCUGCCAGAGAUGCAGCGUCAGAGGCGGCUCCCGCUGCUGCCGGCAGAGACCGGCGGGGUUUGAGCUGCCACUCCACCGAGCCGGGACCAGGUGUGACUCAGGGCAAAGAGUCAGAACGGACGUGUGAGGAAGCUUGGAGUGCACUGCCUGGUGGACUGGAAGGAUGAUGGAGAGCACGGGGGGGCCGUAUCUGAACACAGCCGCGGUGACUUCCCCGGUAGGAAUAGCUCGGCUGCUGCAGAUGACCUUUGGGUGCACCACCUUCAGCCUGGUCGCCCACCAAGGGGGGUUCAGUGCCGCCUACGGCACCUUCUGCAUGUUUGUCUGGACCUUCUGCUUCGCCAUCACCGUGUUCAUCAUCGCCUGCGAGUUCACACACCUGCACAGCUGCCUGAGCCUCUCCUGGGGGAACUUCACCGCUGCCUUUGCUAUGCUGGCCACGCUCAUGUCCGUCACGGCUGCAGUGAUCUACCCUCUCUACUUCGUGCAGGUGGGCUGCUACCCCAUCGGCUGCGAGGUGAGGGAUUUCCGCAUCGCAGCCAGCGUCUUCGCCGGCCUCCUGUUUGUCACCUACGCCGCCGAGGUGUUCUUAACCAGGGCAAAACCAGGACAGGUCACCAGCUACAUGGCCACCAUCUCUGGGCUCUUGAAAAUCGUUCAGGCCUUUGUGGCCUGCAUCAUCUUUGGGGCACUGGUGAAUGACAGCCAGUAUGGCAAAUACGUGGCGACGCAGUGGUGUGUGGCUGUCUACAGCUUUUGCUUUGUGGUGACAGUGGUGGUGGUGGCCUUCAGUGUCACAGGUAAGACUGCCUUGCUGUGGUUCCCUUUUGAGCGUUCUGUGGUCAUCUACACCUUUGGGGCAGUGCUGCUCUAUGCGAGUGCUGCAGUCAUCUGGCCAGUGUUCUGCUUUGACAGCAAGUACGGCUCCCCACGACGCCCUGGCCUCUGUGCCAAGGGCAAGUGCCCCUGGGACAGCCAGCUGGUGAUUGCCAUCUUCACCUAUGUCAACCUGCUGCUCUAUGUCUUGGACCUGGCGUACUCCCAGCGCAUCCGCUUUGUCUCACACAUCUGAACUGUGGGUAGGCCUCUCAGUGUGCAAAGGUGGGGCGAGGGCAGAGAGCUGCUGGGCAGGCAUGCACACACCACCAUCAGCCAAACUUCAAGUGAGGACUGCCUGCACUAACGAAUUAGUGACCUGGAGCAGGUGGGCUGCAGCUGACGCAGAGCACAGCCCAACUGCCCCACGGUCCUGCCUCAUCUGCCCGGUGCCAGCGCGAAGGAAUGGCACAGCUCCACCUGCAUCUGCAGGCAGCAGGAGGGCUUGUAGCCACAGCACUGGGGCUGCAGGCUACCAGGUUACUGAGCCAAACAUUAGGAAAGACAUCAAGGAUUUUGAAACUGUUAACCAGUGCUUAAGAGUAACCAAGUGACUACUCAGGAAGUGGAAAAGUUAAAAGCUGCAUGAAGGAACACCAGAUCAGGAGAUGAAAAUCAAUCCCUUGGAGUCUGGGUUAGUUUGGACUGUGUUGGAAGACGUGGAAUGCCUGCAAGUGUGGGCAGUUCCAGUCUGAGUGUUUCUGAGAAGAGCAUCAUAGCCAUAACAGUAUUUUGAAGGUUGCCCAUGUUUUCCCUUCCUCUCUUUUGCUGUCUAGCACAGAAAAGGAAUAUCCUCAAGCGCACACCUUGGAGGAGCUUAUUUAAUUUAACACUCCUAUUUAGCAAACACUGAGUCACUACAGAAAUGAAAAUUUAUAAAUUCGGGUUCUACUGCUGAGAAUCAGGUUGCAGAGCAGAGCCAGCCUGCAAAGUAACUGUAUGUGACUGCCAUCCUCACUUGAGCAGAGCAGAAAAUACCUUGGCAUGCGCUCUGUCUUGAUUCACAGGCCACCAUUUCCUCACACUGGGGUCAAGGGGUUUUUUUCUGGAGGCUUGAAGAUAAAUUCUGGGGGCAUGGGAAAGGGGAGGCAUGGUCUCACAGAGCUGCACCAGAGACCAAACCAUGCAGGGAAGGGGCGCGGGCAGGAUGGGACACGACAGAACUUGUACAUGGUACCCCGGAGCAGCUCAGGAUUCCUGAGUGCUCUGCAUCACUGAGGAGCCAAAUCUCCCAGACCCAUCCCUGACAAAAACACCCACUUUAAAGUUCCACACUUCUCAGCUCAGAUUUCAGGCCCCAUAGGAAUGUUCACUUGUUGCAGGGAGAAGCCAGAGUGUCCAAGUGCUUGUGCAGCACAUGCAGACUUGAGUGCUUUGAUUAAAAUCUCCAGUAGCUGCCUGUCAGAAGCAAGAUUUAUUUUUUAACCAAAACAAAAUAAAGCUGAAUGGCAGAUGUAUGCUUACAUCUCCUGA